AUGUCGUCAGCAACAGCUAACGGCAUUCAUCAUCCUCAAACCAAUGGUCAUGAUUCUCAACAAGAUCAAAAUAAUUUUAAUAUUGAUCAAAUAGCAGCUGAUUUUGAUUUAGCUGGUCAAGAUGAAUGUAAUUCAUCAGCACGUAUGUUCGAACGAACACGUAUACAAGUUUUAGCUGAUGAACGUGGUCAUGUACAAAAGAAAACAUUUACAAAAUGGGUUAAUUCACAUUUAACUCGUGUUGGUUGUCGGAUAACUGAUUUAUAUACUGAUUUAGCUGAUGGACGAAUGUUAAUUCGUUUAUUAGAAAUUUUAAGUGGAGAACGUUUACCGAAAGCCACACGUGGAAAAAUGCGUAUACAUUGUUUAGAAAAUGUUGAUAAAGCUAUUAUGUUUUUACAAGAACAACAUGUUCAUUUGGAAAAUAUUGGCGCUCAUGAUAUUGUCGAUGGAAAUUCAUCAUUAAUUCUUGGUCUUAUAUGGACAAUAAUACUUCGUUUUCAAAUUCAAGAUAUAACUAUUGAAGAAUAUGAAUCAACAGAAACAAAAUCAGCUAAAGAUGCUUUAUUACUUUGGUGUCAAAUGAAAACAGCUGAUUAUCCAAAUAUAAAUGUACGAAAUUUUACAACAUCAUGGAAAGAUGGUUUAGCAUUUUGUGGUCUUAUACAUAAACAUCGUCCUGAUUUAAUACCACAAUUUAAAACAUUAACAAAAGAUAAUCCAAAUCAUAAUUUACAAUUAGCAUUUGAUAUAUGUGAAAAACGUUUAGGUAUAAGUAGAUUACUUGAUCCUGAAGAUAUUAAUGUUGAAUAUAUUGAUGAAAAAUCUAUUAUAACAUAUAUUGUUACAUUAUAUCAUUAUUUUUCUAAAAUGAAAAAUGAUAGUGUACAAGGUAGACGUUUAGCUAAAGUUAUUGGUUCAGCACUUGAUUCAGAAAAAAUGGCUAAUGAAUAUGAACGUUUAGUAUCGGAUUUAUUAAUAUGGAUUGAACAAACCAUACGUACAUUAAAUGAUCGACAAUUUCCAAAUUCACUUAUACGUGUACAUGAAAAACUUGUUGAAUUUAAUCGUUAUCGUGUUAUGGAUAAACCUGCACGAUUUGCUGAAAAAGGAAAUUUAGAAGUAUUAUUAUUUACAUUACAAAGUAAAGAACGUGCUAAUCAACAAAUACCAUAUCAACCACGUGAAGGAAAAAUGAUAUCAGAUAUAAAUCGUGCAUGGGAAAAUCUUGAACGUGCUGAACAUGAACGAGAAUUAGCUUUAAGAGAAGAAAUUCUUCGACAAGAACGUUUAGAACAAUUAGCAACAAAAUUUAAUCGAAAAGCUGGUUUAAGAGAAAAAUGGUUAACCGAUAGUGAAAAACUUGUUGCAAGUGAUCAAUUUGGUACAGAUUUAACAUCAGUUGAAGCUGCAUUUAAAAAACAAGAAGCUAUUCAAACUGAUAUAGCUGCAUUUGAAGAACGUCUUCAAAACAUAAUGGCUAUUGCAAAUGAACUUAAAACUGAAGACUAUCAUGAUUAUGCAACAAUUGAAGCACGAAAAAAAAAUGUUGAAAUGCAUUGGGAAUAUUUAGUUAGUUUAGUUACUAAACGUCGACAAUGUCUUGAACUUGCUUAUAAUUUACAACGCGUUUUUCAAGAAAUGCAAUAUAUUUUUGAAUGGAUAACUGAUUUAAAAUGGCGAUUAAAAUCUGAUGAUAUUGAAAAAUAUAUAAUGUCAGCUGAUGAUCUUCUUCAACGACAUUCAUUAGUUGAAGCUGAUAUAUAUAUUAUUGAUGAACGUUUAAAACGUGCUAUAAGUGAUGCUGAUGAAUAUCUUAAUCCAGAUGUUAAUAUUGAUGGUUAUCGUCCAGCCACACCAGAAGAAAUUGAAAUACGUAUACAUAAUUUACAAAAAGCAUAUGAAGAAUUAAUUGAAUUAGCACGUAAACGUCGUGAAUUACUUGAACAAGCAAAAGUUUUAUCGAAAUUUUAUUCGGAUAUUGGUGAUGCAGAAUUAUGGAUUGAUGAAAAACAACAAACUAUGACAUCACCUGAUAUGGGUCAUGAUGUUAACUCAACAGAUAGUUUACUUGGAAAACAUAAAUUAGUUGAAACAGAUAUGACAACAAGGUAUGGUCAAUUAGAAAAUUUAACAAAUCAAGGUGAAACAAUGAUAAGACAAGGUCAUUUUGCUGCAAAAAAAAUCGAUGAACGUUUAAAUAUGUUAAAAUUAAAAUGGGAUAAUUUAAUUGAAAUGUCAUCAAAUCGUGCACAAAGUUUAAAUCAAACACAUGAUUAUUAUCAAUUUUUUUCUGAUGCUGAUGAUAUUGAUACAUGGAUGCUUGAUAUGUUAAAACUUGUAUCAAGUGAAGAUAUUGGUCGUGAUGAAUUAUCAGCUCAAACAUUAUUAAAAAAACAUAAAGAUACACAAGAUUUAUUAGAUAAUUAUCAUAAAACAAUUGAAGGUUUUAAACAAAAUAAUCUUCAAACAUUAUCACCGGAAAAACAAACAUUAUCUGAUGUACAGCAACGUUUACAAUCUAUUGAACGUCGUUAUACAGAAUUACUUGAAUUAUCUAAAUUACGUAAACAAAAACUACAUGAUGCUAUUGCAUUAUUUCGUUUAUUAGCUGAUGCGGAUAAUGUUGAAGCAUGGAUUGAAGAAAAAGAAAGAUUUUUAGCUACAUUAGAUCCAACACAAGUUAAUGAUAUUGAAGAAUUAGAAGUAAUUAAACAUCGUUUUGAUGGUUUUGAACGUGAUAUGAAUUCAACAGCAUCAAAAGUUGCUAUUGUUGGUCAUCAAGNAAAUUAA